AUGACUCAAGAUUCAGGAAAGAAGAUCGCUGCCUGUCCCAAACCUAUCAAGAACUCUCAUGGGGUCAAGUUUCUUGGUUUGAAGACUGCAUCUUCUACUCCCUCUAGGGUUAUUCGUUCCUCUGCGAAAAUCGUCUCUCCAGACUCGUCUGGCCCAGCCAAGAGGACAAGGAGUAUGAGGAUCAAGUAUGUUGUCAAGCGAGGCAUAGGGAAAGCAUCGAGUGUUCACAACAUCUCAGAAGAUUCAAUUCCUGAUCCACCGGUUGAUGAUAAUCAAGAAAGCGAUGUCGUCGAUGCUGAAGUAGAUCAAGUCAUCCACAAUGUCUUAGAGACUCUUGCUGAUGCUGCCACUGCACAAAAUGUCAUGCCAAAUGUUGAAUCACAGGUUGAUCGUGAUUCUGAACCAAAUUAUGAAGCAAACCCUAGUGAACAAGAUGCUAAGAAGGAAGAUGAUACUGAUGGUAAGGAACAAGUGUUGAUUGUCUCUAAAGAAGAGGACUCAAAUGAUGAAGAAGUGCCCAAGAAGGUCACUGCUGGAAAGAAGGCUACAGUGUCUGCAAGCAAGACUGUUGUAAGUAAGAAAGGAAAGAAGAAAAAGGGUUCUAGUACUCAGACUCCCAAAACUCCAAAAACAUCUCAAGUCUCAGUUCCUGAGAAAAAGACAAAGAAAGAGAAGAAGGAGGAAAAGAUUGCUGCUUCUACUGGAAGAAAGAGGAAACAUGUUGCUGCAACAGAUUCUGAACCAGAAGUCGAGCCAGAUGUCCCUGACAUCUCCACUUCGGCCAAGAAAAUGAUCAAGGGGAAGAGAAUUCCUUUGAAUGUUCCAAAGGCACCUAUUGAUAAUGUAUCCUUUCACUUUGCCAGCUCUGCACAAAGUUGGAAGUUUGUUGUUCAGAGAAGGUUAGCAAUUGAAAGGGAACUCCAUGAAGAUGCUUUGGAACUCAAGGAAAUCAUGGAUAUGUUGGUUGAUGCAGGCUUGAUGAAGACUGUCAAGGACAUUGGAAGAUGUUUUACUCAUCUGGUUAGGGAGUUCAUUGUGAACAUCCUUACUGAUUGUGAUGAUGAGAGCAGUUCUGAGUAUAGAAAGGUGUAUGUCAGAGGAAAGUGUGUAAAUUUCUCUCCUGAAGUUGUGAAUGAGUUUAUGGGAAGAAGUCCAGUGGCUGGAAAUGAUGAAGAACCUGAAUUGAAUAGGGUUGCUAAGACCCUGAUUGGGAAGAUGGUCAAGAAGUGGCCAAAGAAAGGAUUGCUUCCCUUUGGGAAGUUAACUACCAAGUAUGUUGUUCUUUUCAAGAUUGGCUGUGCAAAUUGGAUGGCCACCAAUCACCUACCUGGUGUAACUCCUCCCCUUGCAAGAAUGCUCUAUCUGAUUGGCAUUGGCGGUGAGUUUGAUUUUGGCAAGCUAGUUUUUGAUCAGACUCUAAAGCAUGCAAGCUCUUAUGCUGUGAGACUGCCAAUCCUAUUUCCAUUCCUAUUGUCUGAACUAAUUGUCAAACAACAUCCUCAUGUUGUAAGGGCUGAUGAACUUCAAGGUAAGAGACCUAUGCCUCUCAAGUUUGAUUAUCGCUUGUUUGCUGGAAUGCAUGUUCCAGACAUUGUGUUAUCUGCAGCAAAAGGUUCUGCCAGUACCAGUGGUACUCAGGCAGUUGGUGCAACCAAAGAUGAUAUUUUGGCUGAAUUGAGGGUUGUCUCCAAAUCCUUGGAUGCCCCUAUUCAGGCUUGCAAGAUUAGGAAACAGCAUGUGGACAAGCUCAUCAAGGCUAUGACACAGGUUCCUGCUCCUGCUGCUGAGGAAGGUACCGGUGAAGAAUUUGCUGAGGAUGUUGAGGGUGAUUCUGCUGCUGUUGAGGAAGAAGAUGCUUAG